UUACAUGUGUUAUUACUGUCUAUUACACACUGUUACAUGUGUUAUUACUGUCUAUUACACACUGUUACAUGUGUUAUUACUGUCUAUUACACGCUGUUACAGGUGUUAUUACAGUCUAUUACACGCUGUUACAGGUGUUAUUACAGUCUAUUACACUGGUACAGGUGUUAUUACAGUCUAUUACACGCUGUUACUGGUGUUAUUACAGUGUAUUACACACUGUUACAUGUGUUAUUACUGUCUAUUACACGCUGUUACUGGUGUUAUUACUGUCUAUUACACACUGUUACUGGUGUUAUUACAGUGUAUUACACAGUUACAUGUUAUUACUGUCUAUUACACACUGUUACGUGUGUUAUUACUGUCUAUUACACACUGGUACAGGUGUUAUUACUGUCUAUUACACACUGGUACAGGUGUUAUUACUGUCUAUUACACACUGGUACAGGUGUUAUUACAGUCUAUUACACGCUGUUACAUGUGUUAUUACUGUCUAUUACACACUGUUACUGGUGUUAUUACAGUGUAUUACACACUGUUACAUGUGUUAUUACUGUCUAUUACACGCUGUUACAGGUGUUAUUACAGUCUAUUACACUGGUACAGGUGUUAUUACAGUCUAUUACACGCUGUUACAGGUGUUAUUACAGUCUAUUACACUGGUACAGGUGUUAUUACUGUCUAUUACACGCUGUUACAUGUGUUAUUACUGUCUAUUACACACUGUUACAUGUGUUAUUACAGUCUAUUACACGCUGUUACAGGUGUUAUUACAGUCUAUUACAUGCUGUUACAUGUUAUUACAGUCUAUUACACGCUGUUACUGGUGUUAUUACAGUGUAUUACAUAUUUUAUUAGGGUUUUUUGCUUUUUUAUGUACCCAUCUGCAUUACACCCUGUCAUACACAAUUACAUUUACAUUAUUUUUAUAUUAAAUAUUGUAUAAUGUAAUAGAUCCAUAUACUGCCAGAUUAUUUCCUCCCACUGUUUCGUCUUAAAGGUGACGUAGUCGUCUAAUCCACAUCCCUGCAACAAAUGACGUGUGUGAUGAUGACACUGUAAUAAUACACUGAAUUUUUGGGAAGUCAGACUUUCAGCAUUCCUCUAUGCACAGUGACUGGAAAUCCCACUAGGUCCUGGUAUCACUCUCUCUCUCACACACACACACACAAAUUCCUUUCGAAUGAAGACAGUGAGGGAGUGAAAUGUCAGAGCCAAGCUGCUGUGUGAGUUUGCAUGAGCUGGGUCUGGUUCCUGGAGGGAGGUAAAGGGAAUCCUAUUCACACAGCAGCAGGUCGUGAGUCAUAGACAAAGCAGAAGUGAGGGAGAGUCGCUUAUCAUGAUCAUGUGGAGCGUUCCACAGGAAGUGUGUGUGCUCCAGAAAAUACAGUCUCGGAAAUCAGGAAAUCUGAUCCCUCCCACGGGGCACUUCUCCCUGACGCUCCUGUUUUAUUCUUCUGUAAUAAAUGAAGUGAGGUUGAUUUGGACUUGUGUGUGAGGCGGUGUCGAGGUGGCACAAGCACCCUUAGGGGAAAAAAAACAUUCGAGCCAAGAUUCUUUUUUCUGAGAAGAAGUUUUAUUUCUUUAAAGGUUGAUCACAAAUGUUUAUAAAGUACUCAUAAAUGUAUCAUGAUGGAACCAUAAUGGUGUUAUGUAGAGCACUAAAACCCAGAGCUUGUCUCCCAGAACCUCCCAGUAGAACCA